AGGUUCCUGGGGUUGAGUCUAAAUCACUCUUCAUUGGUUAAAGCUGAGCUCACAGCAGAAUAAGCCACCAUGAGGCUGUUGGUGUGUCUCGUGCUGCUCACGCUGGCCCUUUGCUGCUACCGGGCAAAUGCAGUGGUCUGCCAAGCUGUUGGUUCUGAAAUCGCAGGCUUCUUAUUAGCUGGAAAACCUGUGUUCAAAUUCCAACUUGCCAAAUUUAAGGCACCUCUGGAAGCUGUUGCAGCCAAGAUGGAAGUGAAGAAAUGCGUGGAUCUGAUGGCCUAUGAGAAGAGAGUGCUAAUUACAAAAACACUGGGAAAAAUAGCAGAGAAAUGUGAUCGCUGAGAUGUAAAAACUUUUUAAUGCUAGUUUCCACCAUCUUUCAAUGAUACCCUGAUCGUCACUGCAGAAUGUAAAGGUUUCAACGUCUUUCUCUAAUAAAUCACUUGCCCUGAA